AUGGUAGACGGUACCGCUUCUUCAGCGCCGGAUGCGCACAAGCCAGCUGCGCGCAAGACCGGUUACUCAAACCCGGCCUUUAGAGCCAUGGGAUUGCCCGCAUUGAGACUCCCAUCUAGAAACUGGAUGAUUUUUUGGUCGAGUUUAACACUAGUGAUAUCUGGAAUAGUCUACGACAAACACCAACAAAAGAAGGUACGCGAGAAAUGGUGCGAUUUGGUCGCGCCCCUGUCCCAAGGAACUUUGCGCAUUGACCGGAAACCUAGAAAAAUCACAGUUUUCGUUGCCCCACCUCCAAACGACUACCUUGAUACCAGUAUGUUUGUGUGGAGAAGAUUUGUCAAGCCGGUGUUAUUCGCUGCUGGAGUCGAUUACGAAGUUUUCACGGAGGAAAAACAGGGUUUGAUCAGAUUUGAAGUCGCCCAACGUGUUCGAGACCUGCGCAAAGAAUUAAGAGAGUACGAUGCCAGGCUCAAGGCACUAGAGCAGGAGAAACGGCCUUGGAACAAAAUCAAGCACACAGUUUUCAAAGUUUGGCCCAGUAAUCGGGGCAGCCAGGUGCAGGACGAUGAAACCGAAAUGCUACUGGCGAAAAAAUUCAAAGCAGAAUUCGAUUUCAGAAACGUUCUUGGACCUUUUUACCAAAACCGCGAUGUAACUGCUCAAAUCUCGAGCGAAGACGCUUUGGUCGCAAACCCGGUUUACGCAGGUGGUGUGAUCAUUUUAGGGAGAGGCGCUUACAAAGAGUAUGUCACGGGGCUCUGCGAAGGUAUUCUCGGGCCAUUGGAGCCUCCAAAACCGGCUGAAAUGGCAGUUCCAGAUGAUACGGAGCCCCCCGUAGCUACCAGCGGCAAUCCAGAAAUUGAAUCAAAGGAUGAAAGCAAAGAACAGACCACUCAGCCUGAGGAAACCGACAAUGUUCUGCAACCGUUCAUCACCAGCGAUAAUUACAGUAGCGCGAGCUUUCCAUCUGAGUUGAGCGGGGUGACAGUCCGCGAACCAGACACAAAAAUACCUGCCAUUUUUCACCAACCGAUCCUGAUGCUUUCGAUUCCUCAUCUCGUCGGUUUUUUAAACAUUCCUGAGCGAAUCUACAGAUUUUACAACAGAAGAACUGACGCGGAAAGGUAUUGCAGAGCCACAGCGAGCUGCGUACUUCAAAAGAUACGACCAUUCGAAUCGUCCGACUUAAAAUUGGGUUUAGAAGAAGAAGACGAUUGGCCCAAGAAAUGGGUAGAACAGGCUAAACAGCGGAAUAGCGACUGGGUAAAACCCUUGGUGGCCGAUGAAAGGGUCACCAAAUUGCUUAGUGUUUAUGACGAUGAACAAGUGACCAAAUAA